GAGGCGACGAUUGGAUCCCGGCGAAAAUGGCUGGAGCAGCUAAGGACGGCAGCAACUUGAGUACUGUGCGUCACGGCUUCUGGUUCUGGCGCAGCAGCAAAUGAAGACAGCAACAGGACCUCAUACAUUUGGCGCUACGUUCUUCUCCUCAAAACCAUCCCCGGCCGUUUCUCUGUUCUCCGUUUUCACCGUUAAGUGCCGCUUCCUCAAUAAAAUCAAAAGAAAGAAACGAACAGAGACGCAGAGCAUAAUGGCUUCCUCUAUCAGAGAAAAAAAGGAGGAGCAAAGCAGUAGUGAUUCCGACCAGUAGUGAUUCCACCAUCAUCAAUCUUGGCGAAGAAACAGAGCAAAAUUCCAGGCUUCGGAUUCUUCAAAUUCGAGAUCGACAAAAGAAACAGAGCAGAGCCAAAUUCUAGAUCUUCUUCUCCAAAUGUUUGAUCCCAAAAGUCCAGACAAAUCCUUAUUGUUUCAGAGCCUCUAUUAAUUUUUAAGAUAUCAGUGGAAAUGAAUACUAUAUGACACU